UUUGUUCAUGUACUGUGUGAAAAGGUUGUGGACUAAACCAUUUAGACAUCUAUACAGAUAACAAGACGUUGCUGAGUAAUCGCGGCAAAGAGUUGUACACAUUCAGUGCCUUCCUGGGAGAAUCUUGUAACAUUAUUAUUUUAUGUUUUAAUUCAAAUUCAUCUCAAAUUUGUAAAGUGUUAGAUUUCUCAAAAACUAUAUUACAUUAUUACUCUUGGGAACACGUAUUUCUACUUUUCGUUGUAUUUCUUCGUCCACUUCUCAUAAUAAAUCUGAUAUCCACUAGACGUCAUGGAGUCGUGAGAUAUUUUUAUGCAAGUACCAUGCCUACUUGGGAUGGUUAAAAGUUGUUGGGGUAUCUUUCUGAAGGAGGUCUACGUUUGGUCGAGCGCAGGCUGGUCUCAGUGCACGGUGACUACGUGUAGGCGAGAAUGGGGGUAACUUGUUGAUUCGUGAACAUUGUCCGAGAUAAGUUGAAGUUGGCAAGGAGCUGCUGAGUUAUUUGUUAAAUAGAUUUCUUAUGUAGCGUACAGCAAUACUUCCUGCCUAAACGAAAUUAUGACUAUUUUAUCUAAAAAAAAGAACAACCAAGGUAAACCUGAAGAGAACUCGGAUGCCAGUGCUCAUCAUGGUGGAUCUCAUUCACAUUCAUUGAAUUUGUCAUCCAUUCCUAAUCAUUCGCAGGCCCAAGAAACCCUAAGUCAUGAACGGUUGAAUUCAUCUCCAUGCUGGUCUUCUAGAGAUGAAAAACGAUCAUCUUUGUGCUCUUCAUCUCACUUUGAUGAUAGCCAUGAGAGUGGUCCCAGCCACAGCAAGCGACGGCACCGCACCAGUCCUCAUAGAACCAAUAGGUGUAAACAUAGAGAGAGAAAUUCUGCCUCUGCUUCACCCACAUACUCUGCCAGUAGCAGUGUUGUCAACUCUUCUCCUGAAGCUGGUCCUUCUCGAGUUGGGGAUGACCCAGACAAUGCUAAUGGUUACAACAGUGAUGAUGAAUAUGGACCAGUAUCUGAUCGUCUUUCAGAAUCUGAAUGGAUUGAGCGAGAUCGGUGGUUUGAGAAAAACAUUAGGCGGAAAGGUUUCGUAAUCAAGAAAAUGGAGGAAGAUGGAGCUUGUUUGUUUCGUGCAGUAGCUGAUCAAGUAUAUGGUGAUCAAGAGAUGCACAAUGUGGUGCGAAACCAUUGCAUGGAUUAUAUAGCAGCAAAUGGAGAUUAUUUUUCUCAUUAUGUAACAGAAGAUUUCGACAGAUAUGUAAAUAGAAAGCGUCGUGAUUACGUACAUGGUAAUCAUAUUGAGAUGCAAGCAAUGAGUGAAAUGUACAAUAGGACGGUGGAGGUUUUUUGCUAUGGAGUGGAGCCAAUCAAUAUAUUUCAUGGUAAACAUAAAACAGAGAAUGAACCAAUAAGACUUUCGUAUCAACGUGGGCGACAUUAUAAUAGUAUUGUGGAUCCCUUCAAAGCUACCAUAGGUGUUGGUCUUGGUUUACCUAGUUAUACUCCUGGUUUGGCAGACAAAAAUUUGAUGAAGGAGGCUGUGAGUCUGAGUGAAGAUUUUCAAAUUGAACAGACAAUGCUUGAAGACAAACUACGUGCGACUGAUUGGGAAGCUACCAAUGAAGCAAUCGAAGAGCAAGUUGCUCGAGAAAGUUACUUACAGUGGCUCCGUGAUAAUGAGAAGAGGAAUUCCAGUGUGAGGUCCGCAUCAGAAACAAGCAGUUCUGCAACAGUAACAUCAGCAGAAUUACGGUCUUCACCACGAUCUCGAAGUGGACUUUCAUCCCCUGCUAAAACAGAGUCACAACAUGGAUCACCCAAGUAUAAUGAAGCAGUAAAUCAUAAGGAAGAUGCUUCUGAGUUGGCAAAAGAUGCUGGAAAAAAGGGUUCAAAUGAUAAUCCAUGUCAACCUUUUAACCUUUUGGAGACUGCUUCCUUCAUCAAUAGGCUUUCUCCAGAAAUGUUUGGCCUGACGGACUGGGAGGAUGCUGGCAUUCUUGCUCAGGUUCUGGCUACUUCGCAGCAAGAGUACAUGGACAGAUUAAAAAAAGUUCGAAAUGAAGAAAAAGAAACUUGGGAAAAUGAAUUAGAUCGGCCUUCUACAUCAAGGUAACCCUCUGAGGGUUAUGAAUUGACCACAAAAUUCCAUUCUGUGGUUUGUGAUUCAGCACAGAUAUGGUUUAAUUGGCUGAAGAUCUUAAAAAAACUGGGGAAAAACAACAUCAACAAAAAAAGGCAUAAGUUAAGAGUUCAGAUUUUUUAAUGGUGCUUAGUCCCUGUCCUUCAACCCUUUCCAGUGCAGGUACAUACUAACAAAGGAGCAAAGAGAAAAUGAAAUUCUUCAAGCAAAUAUUUUUUGUUCUAACAUGCUUUGAUAAAUGAGAAGUCAGUGUUUUUCAUGGAGCAUUUGUGUUUCAAAAUGCAGAACUGAAACGUGUAAUGACAUAAAAAAUUGAUUUCAUUUAUUCUUUGCUGUAUAGGUUAUUUGUUUCUGUUUGCAGAAGCAUUUGCUCCUGCUAUAUAUUAUUAGAAAAUUUAUUGGCAAAAUCAUGGGUGAAGUGGAAAACAGUCGUAUAUCUUAUUGGCGAUGAUUGGUUUUCAAAUUAAAAUGCUUAAAUUAUGAAGUUAGAUACACUAGGUAUCACAUUUGAUGAUGACUAUAAUAACAAUAAUAAUAGUAAUAAUGAUAAUAAUUAUUAAUAAUAAUGAUAAUAAUGAUUAUAAUUGUGUAUUUUGAACACAGAAAAUCAGCUUCCUUUCAAUUUGCUUUUAUUGUAGGUCAUCAAUGUUCAAACACUUUCUAUCACAUACGAUUAGCAACACACAAAAUAACACUUUUCUUAAAUUCAAGCUUGAUUGUGAUAUUCGGCAGUACUUAAUAAAAAUUAAGGCAUCUGAUCAGCAUAAUGAACAAGAAAAUAAUAUUUUUAAAUUAAAUAAAAAGGCGUUUUGUCUGCGAAGCUUAAUUGUUUGCUCUUUAUUUGCGCAAUCCUGUGAAUAGCAAGACCUGAAUUAGAAAAGACCAUUGUUACAUACAUAAGUGUUGCUAAAAUGUUGUGAUGUUAAGUGUGUAUGAAUAGCUCUUAAGAAAUAGCAAGAUUUUUUGAAGAGGUGCAGAAAUUGUUUCUGUAAUAUGGGAACAAAUUGAAAUUUUUGCAAAAGGACGAAGUGUAAAAUAUGUAAUGAUAGAUAAUAACUACAUUCAGUUUUGUUACACACAAAUGAUAUUAUGCACCUAUGUGUGUGGAUAGUACAUGAGCCUGACUGCUUGUAAUAAAACAAGGCCUAUGCAUUUGUUGUUUAAAUUAAAAAUCAAAUCUUGUUUUGUGGUACACAUAGUUUACCAAAUCAGACCCUAGAUUCUUUUCUCCUUUCCUAUUAAUUGAAGGCACUUGCAGAGGACUAUUUGUUUACAAUGGCUUUCAAAACUUACUUCUUAUGGCUGAUAAAGGUAGGGCAGUUUGGAAGAUAAUUCAAUAGUUACAGGGGCACAUAAUGCCUUAACUUGUGUGGCAACCUCGCUAAUCAUCAACAAGAAUAGUUUCCAAUGCACUGCAUAGUUUUGUAUAUGAAGUUCCAAAGUUAGCAAUUUGUCAUUGUUGACACUAGUAGUCAUUGAAUUUGUAUUAAGUGAAGCCAUUGUAUUUUUUAAUUCUAGUGGACUAAAUGUUCACGGUUUUCUGUGUAUAUUCUAUACAGUAUCACAUUAAAACGUAAUGUAAUUUGCUACAUAGAGUAGUAGACUUGUGCAUAUCAUUUGUCCAUUGAUUAGGCUAGGGGAAUUCAGGAGAUUUUUUACACUGGCCUGGAGCUGUAGUGCUUGUAGAUAUUGUAGUAGCGAUUGCUCUGCAAGUCAUGAUAAAUGUAACCAUCUGUGGAGUAGGAAUUAACACAGCUCAUGAUUACAUGUAGUUGACAAGGAGGAUACAAUAUCAGAGCUUGUGCAUCUCUUAGAGUUACUUUCUACUGGAGAUGAACUACAUGUGGCUGAAUAUUGCUAUCUGUGUGGACUUGCAUCAACAUUGAAAAUAACAGUUGGAUUACAUAAUUUCUGGUUAUACUGUGAUUGACCUCCAAUUUUGGAGAUCUUCUGUGAACAAUCCUAAAGCAUAAAUGUGCAUUGCUUAAAUUUAUUGGUACUGCAUAUUUAGCUUUCAUGUCCAGAAAGUGGGAGUAAUAGCCACUAUAAAAUAAGUCACCUGAACAUUGAAUCAAUAAAAAAAAAAGUGAUUUACUGUAUUUGUGUAUGGUUAUAUAAUUUUUUAUAUUAAUAAAUUGUUUGGGUUGAAAGAUCAGGUACUGGGUAUAAUACAGUUCAAUGUUUUCCAGUUCUUAACUAAAUGUAAACCAAUGGUUCUGCCUUGCCUAUGCGAACAUCUUUAAUACUAAUGUGCAACGAGAAACUUGCAUUUAUAAAUAUUUAUUAUGUGAUUUUUGCAAAGAAGUCUUUUACAUAAGGGCAUUUAAAUGUUCCAAUAUGGAUAGUGUUAAUUUGUAAUGUACAAGUGGAAAAUUGUAUGUUGAGAAUAUGAUGCUAAAAUUUGUUGAGAUCAAUUGGAAGUAUACAUUUCAUUUGAAAAAGAAAAGUGAUCUUUAAUAUCUUAUGCAAAUGUUAGCAUUUGUUAGAAUAUAAAAAUUAUAGUUUGUGUAAUUCUUGGAUCAGGUUUUUGUUUGAAGUUGGUGUAGAUAAGUUACGUUAUGCUAAUUCUUGUACGUUGGUUACUUUUAUUUGCUAAUCCGACAAUGAGGCCUGAACUGCCAUUAAUUUUUUCAAUAGGUCACUGAUUUUUCAUGUAUUAUUUUUCUUCAUUACGUGAAUUUUAACUACUUUUCCUGGUUAAGUUCUAUUAAGAUCCAGAUUAAUUGAUAAAUUUUCAUAAUUGAAAGUAAAAGCAAAUAAUAAUCGAGGUUUAAACAAAAAAGAUCUUAUAAGAUAAAAUUGCUUCUCAUAAUUUAAGGUGUCCAAGAAAUAAAUUCAGGCAAAGGAACUAAUCUUGUAGACUAAACAGUGGCCUGUAGGUGAUUUCUUGAUUUUGAACAGAAGCGUGCAUGUGUUAAAUGCCUGUGUUUACAAACUGGAGGGAGGCGAAUGGAACAGGACGUUUGCUGCUGUGCAGGUUUUUUCAGGGACUGUUAUACUUCAGAGAUAUGGCUGUGCUAAUAAUUUACAAGGAUUGGCAUUGUAACUCCGAUUCAAAUAUUACCUCUAUUUUAUCAGUAUACAAUGUUCCUUCAAAUACUUUUUAGGAAUUAAAUGUGAAACGGUUAUCUUGAUCAAUCUGAGAAAACUGGUGCUUAUUCUAAAACAUUUAACAGGAUGUAAUUGAUGCACGAGACAUGCUGUGAGAGUUCAGCUGCAGGGCAGGUCCUAACAAAUGUAAUUUCUGAUAAGUAACGUGCAUGAACUGGAACUGGAACAAGAUGCAGUCCUACAGAAAGAUCAGUGCAGCAUUGUUUCUUAGGGAUCAAUGUAUAUUUUUAUAAGAUGCAAUUGUUUUGAAGUAUACUAUGCCUGUGUUACUCUAUAAGCAUACACAUUUUUACCAAUAAAUUUAUUACGUUAUGUGUAAUGUAAAUUUUUCUACAUAUAAAUUUCAUUUCAAGUGACACUAAAUUAUUGAAAGUGUAACCUCUGUUAACAAACCUUAUUUGCUUGUUCAACACCUGAACAUUUGUACAUGAUUAGUAAUGCUAAAAUAAAUAUUUGUUCACAAUAACA